AAGGAAAUGCUCGCAUGAACGGGGUAUUAGAGGAGACCCAUGCUCCUGACCUUUUAAAUCAUGUUUCCGGCUGGCCCCAGCUCCAGCUGCUGGGUUUGUGUUCCGGAAUAUUGGGGAAUACCUGAAUGAUAUUCUUCCGACAUGAAACCCUUUGUUCUCACGGAGUUCGGUUUCCAAAGCCAUUGGAUCCUGCUAGCAGCCCUAUAUCUAGCGGGAUGGGCUGUUUACCAAGGGAUUAAAACCUUAUACUGGCAUCCGCUGGCCAAAUUCCCGGGCCCUCGAAUUGGAGCUCUCACUCGUCUUUACAAAACAUAUGUGGAAUGUGUCGCCCAAGGUUCUUUUGUGCACUUGCUAGAAGAGCAUCAUGCUCGCUAUGGCGACAUCGUGCGUGUCGGGCCAAACGAGCUACACUUCAGUAAUCCUGCAACCUAUCUCGAAAUCUACAACCCAUCCAAUCGAUGGGAUAAAGAGGAAAGCCUCUAUCAUAGCUUUGGAGAGGACCGGUCGUCGUUUGGCUUCUUGACAUACAAAGAAGCAAAGGAACGCAAGGAUGUUCUGAAUCGCAUGCUCUCCAGGAAAGCUAUCCUUGGCUCCCAGGGAAUCGUCCAGGAGAAAGUUGUGGAACUAUGUAAAUCUUUCGAACGGAAGAAAAACUCAACAGUAAACCUCUUUUACGCUUUCCGAUGCAUGUCGAUUGAUGUCAUUACCUAUCUCUGCUUUGGCAGCUCAGUUGAUGCUAUUAAUGCGCCAGAUCAUCAGGCACCAAUUAUCAUAGCGAUGGAUGCGUCAUUGCCUGUGUUUGUUCGCUUCAAACAUUCUGCGUUCUAUAAGUCCAUGAUCGUCAACUGUCCGCCGGCUAUUUCUAAGAUUGUGAGCCCGUUAACAGCAGGCUUGGUAGAUCUCCAGCAGCUUUUAAAAGGCCAAAUUAAGGAAAUGACAGAGGACCCUAGCACAUUGGAGAAGCUUCCGCACUCCCGGACAGUUUUUCACGAGCUGUUGCGACCAGAGGCGUACAAGAGCCGGACCGUACCAUGUGCAGACAGCCUCUAUGAAGAAGCGCAAGCCCUUAUGUUUGGCGGCGCAGAUACAACCGGCACAACCCUCAUGCAUGGUACUUUUUACAUAUUGAAACAACCUGAAGUGUAUCGAAGAUUGAAAGAAGAGAUUCAUGCUGUCUGGCCGAACCUGAACACGCUCCCUGAUUUGACUGACCUGGAGAAACUGCCUUAUCUUACUGCUGCUCUCAAAGAGUCAUUGCGCAUGAGUCCGGGUGUCGCAUCUGCGCUUCCAAGGAUUGUGCCACCCUCGGGCGCUAAAAUAUCAGGACAAUUCAUUCCCGGUGGAACCGUGGUAGGGAUGAGCAGCCACUUUGUGCACCGCAGCGAAACCGUUUUUGAGAAGCCAAACGAGUUUAUCCCUGAUCGCUGGCUCGGAGACAAGGGAUCGCAACUCGAUAAAUGGCUCUUUAGCUUCUCUCAUGGUCCUAGAAGUUGCCUAGGUCAAAACCUUGCAUGGGCAGAACUAUACUUCUGUUUUGCGCACCUUUACCGGAAAUUUGACAUUGAAAUGGAUCCGUCAAGCCCCCGCGAUCUUCAGUGGCGUGACCGCUUUUUGCCUGAGUAUAUAGGGCCUCAUUUGAAAGCCAAGAUCACUCCUGUUGCCAGCUAAAGGUUGUGCCCUUACUGUUGAGAACAGGUUCAAUCAUACCUGUGGCUGCUGUGCAGAUGGAAAUGGGA